CAAAGGAGACCCACCAGUUCAAACACCUAUUUGAGCCUCUCCGACUGCCUCCAUUUCCUCUCAACCCAUUGCAUUUGCUCCUCCUUCAAGGACAUGGUUCCGAGAAUGAGUUCUCUUGGAGUUGUUUUCCUCUCCCUAGUCUCACUGCUCCCAGCUGUGCAUGGCUACGGAGGAGGAUGGGUGACAGCCCAUGCCACAUUCUAUGGAGGAAGUGAUGCUUCAGGGACUAUGGGAGGAGCUUGUGGGUACGGCAACUUGUACAGCCAAGGCUACGGCACCAACACCGCAGCCCUCAGCACUGCCCUCUUCAACAACGGCCUUAGCUGCGGGGCUUGCUACGAGUUGGCGUGCGUCAAUGAUCGCAGGAACUGCUUGCGGGGAUCCAUCGUUGUCACCGCCACCAACUUCUGCCCUCCGAACAGCGCUCUGCCAAACGAUGCAGGGGGGUGGUGCAACCCCCCUCGCCAACACUUCGAUCUCUCUCAGCCAGUCUUCCUCCGCAUUGCUCAGUACAGAGCUGGGAUUGUACCCGUUGCGUAUCGCAGGGUACCCUGCAGGAAGAGAGGUGGCAUAAGGUUCACCAUCAACGGCCACUCCUACUUCAACUUGGUUUUGGUCACCAACGUGGGAGGAGCCGGGGAUGUUCAUGCCGUCAUGAUCAAGGGGUCGAGGACGGGGUGGCAGCCCAUGUCGAGGAACUGGGGCCAGAAUUGGCAGAGCAACACCUUCCUCAAUGGCCAAGCCCUCUCCUUCAAGGUCAUCACAAGUGAUGGCAGAGCUGUGCUCUCUUACAAUACGGCUCCUCCAUCCUGGUCCUUCGGCCAAACCUUCAGUGGCGGACAAUUCCGCUGAAGGUUUAAGAUUCUACGGAGCAGUAUUUAUAUCAUAUAUAUUCGAGUGAGAAGGGCAUAUUUUACUUUGUCCCUUAAACAGUCAUUGUAUUGAACUGAACUAGACCUUGUGUCAGAGUCUAGAUUAGUCACUGCUCUUGGAGAGAAGAAAGAACUGCUUCUCUGUACGAGCAUAUGGCAGUGGUGGUGAAACUGUCCACGCCUGCCUAUAUGGAUAAGGUUUACUUUGCUUUUGUUUUUUGUCGUUUGACUCUAUGUGAAGGACACUCUGAAGAAAGAGUUCCCUCGUUGGCCAUUGUUAACCAUGCUUAUGUAAUGUAAGUGUUAAUGGACUUGAAUGGUUUGGGAUUGCAUAGUUUUUUAUUUUACUUCAUUUUGUAGCCA